AUGGAUGACAAUAUGAGUAGUACGCCUUCCACAGUUGGCAAAGUCGCCGGCGGCUUGAUCGGCCUGUACCUGGCCAUUACCGUGAUUCUGAGCUGGUGGUGGGACUACGAGCCCGAUCAGUUUGACGUGCGCGAAAAUGCCAUGCAGAUGGCCCAGAGCGCCAAUGAUUCGCUGGUCACCGGCUAUCUGACCACUGCAACCGUCAUCACUCUGGCGGACACGCUGCUGCAAAAGCGUGGUGGCUACCUGUCCAACGACGUUUUUCCACCUGGGGUCUGGAUGGAUAACGUGCCUGAGUGGGAAUUUGGUGUGCUGACGCUGCUGCGGGAUGCGGCGCGGGUGUACAGAAACGAUUUGUCCCGUUCACAGAGCCAGUCUGCAGAAGACCCUGACCUGUCCGAGGCUGAGGGUAAGUUUUUCUUCGACAACAGUUCCUGGAUGCUGCCGCAGACAGAAGAUGAAUAUCGCGAUGGGGCAAAGCUGUUCCGCAAUUAUAUGGGGCGACUGGCAGACAGCGGCCAGACCAAUGCGCAGUUUUAUGCCCGUGCAGACAACCUGCAGCAGUGGUUGGCAGCGAUUGAAACGCGUUUAGGCAGCAUGUCCCAGCGACUUGCCGCCAGCGUGGGUAAGCGUCAGCUGAACAUCGACCUGGCCGGUGACAGCGCUGCACAACAGGCCACCGCAUCCCCACAGGAUCAGAUGGUUAAAACCGCGUGGCUUGAUAUCGACAAUAUAUUCUUUGAAACCCGCGGUUAUACCUGGGCACUGCUGCAUGUGCUGCGUGCUAUGGAACAGGAUUUCGGCGAUGUGCUCGACAACAAAAAUGCCCGGGUAUCCCUGCAGCAGAUUAUCCGCGAACUGGAACCCAGCCAGGAUACCGUGUGGAGUCCGAUGGUGUUGAAUGGCGAUGGCCUGGGCCUGCUGGCCAACCAUUCACUGGUGAUGGCGUCCUACAUUGCCCGCGCCAACGCGGCCAUUAUCGACCUGCGUUCUGACGCACUUAAAAAGAUUGCGGAUCAGAUCCACAUUGGCGCCAUGGUUUUCAUGCGCCGCGAGUACACACUAUUAGCGCUGUUCAGUGCUGUUCUGUUGUUACUGAUAUCUAUCACAGACCUUGGUUUAUACACCGCAGCUGCGUUUCUGGCCGGCGGAUUGUCAUCCGCAGCAGCUGGUUGGAUCGGUAUGUAUGCCGCCACCAAGGCCAAUAUCCGCACCACCAAUGCAGCACAUACCAAAGGUCAGGCAGACGCUUUGUCCGUCGCGUUUUUCGGCGGCUCUAUUAUGGGCCUGGCGGUCGCAUCACUGGGCCUGCUUGGACUAGGCCUGGUCUAUUACUUCUACGGCAGCGACCCACACAUGGUUCACCAUAUCCAUGGCUUUGGUAUGGGUGCCUCGGUUGUCGCGCUUUUCUCCAGGGUCGGUGGCGGCAUCUUCACCAAAAGUGCGGAUGUUGGCGCAGACCUUGUGGGCAAACUCGAGCAGGGUAUUCCAGAAGAUGACCCUCGUAACCCCGGUGUUAUUGCUGACAACGUUGGUGACAACGUAGGUGACGUGGCCGGCAUGGGUUCGGACAUUUUUGAAUCCUACUGCGGCUCGAUGAUCGCCACCAUCGCAAUCGCCUCGACACUGGCCGCCCUUGGCGUGAGCCAGUUAGCGCCAGGUCUAUCUGAAGCAGAAGGCCGUGCAGCGCUGAUGUUUGUGCCUCUGGCACUGGCUUCAACCGGCCUUAUCGCCUCAAUCAUCGGCAUUGGCAUUGUUCGUUCUUUUUCCAACGCUAACCCGGCGGUUGCCCUGCGUAUCGGCAUGAUCGGCACGCCAAUCAUAUUCAUGGCGGCCGCUUACCUGGUGCUGUCUACUCUAGGGGUGUCUAACAACAUCUGGUGGGCGGUACUCUUUGGUGCUGCAGGUGGCGUUGUGAUUGGCCUGAUCACUGAGUACUACACCUCCUCAACGCCGGUUGUGAAAAUUGCUGAGUCCGGUAACACCGGCCCAGCCACAGUCAUUAUCACUGGUCUGGCAGUCGGCAUGCAGUCGGUUGUUGUGCCUAUUCUGACUAUCUGCGCCAUCAUCUACGUAUCCACCAGCCUGGCUGGACUUUACGGUGUUGGCGUCGCGGCUGUUGGCUUGUUAGCGACAGUUGGCAUGACCAUGGCCGUUGACGCUUACGGCCCGGUUGCAGACAACGCCGGGGGCAUCGCGGAAAUGGGUGGCCUUGGCCCUGAAACCCGCGCCAUUACCGAUUCGCUGGACGAACUGGGUAAUACCACCGCAGCAAUGGGUAAAGGUUUUGCCAUCGGCGCAGCUGCACUCGCUGCGCUGGCCAUCAUCGCAGCCUUUGUCGAGACCGUCACCCUCGCCCGCGGUGGCGAGUUUAUUCUGCAUAUCGGCAACCCGAUGGUGUUGAUCGGCCUGUUUAUCGGUGGUCUUGUACCUUUCCUCAUUGCCUCCAUUACCAUGACCUCGGUUGGUGAAGCGGCGAUGGAAAUGAUUGAAGAGAUCCGUCGUCAGUUCCGCGAAAUUCCAGGCCUGAUGGAAGGUACUGCAGAUCCAGACAACGCUAAAUGUGUUGAGAUUGCUACUAAUGCAGCAUUGAAGAAAAUGAUGCUGCCCGGCGUGAUCGCUGUAGCUGUUCCCCCUAUGGUUGGAUUUGGUCUUGGUGCUGAAGCUCUGGGUGGCACCCUUGGCGGCGCGCUGCUCGGCUGUGUUCUGCUUGCGCUGACCAUGGCUAACGCCGGCGGCGCCUGGGACAACGCGAAAAAAUAUGUUGAGAAAGGUAACCUCGGCGGUAAAGGCAGCGAGGUGCACUCUGCAGCUGUUGUUGGUGACACGGUUGGUGACCCCUUCAAAGAUACUUCAGGUCCCAGCAUGAACAUCCUGAUCAACGUGAUGGCGAUUGUCAGCCUGGUGAUUGCACCACUUCUGACCUGA